AUGUGGCUCCAUGUGGGAUGUUACUGGGAAAAUCCGAAGGGAAUGCUUCCCAGAGUCCUGAGCAGGGAGAAACCUGUCAGAGUCUGCAUAGCCCAGAAACGCAGCAGGGAAACCAUCCAGAGAAGGGACAGGGUAAAUCCAGUCAUAGGAGCAGAAGGGUGGAAAGAAACACAGUAAACUUUCAACAGAAAAUCCCCCAUCAACAGGCACCCUACGCUUACAGUGACUGUGCAACUCCUGUUGAGCAUCAAAGAAUCCAUGAAGGAGAGAAGCCCUUCAAGUGCGCUGACUGUGGGAAAAGCUUUGGUAAGAGGUCAGAUCUUGUUAGACACAGAAGAAUUCACACAGGAGAGAAACCCUUUAGCUGCUCUGACUGUGGGAAAAACUUCAGUGAGAGUUCACACCUUGUUAGACAUAGGAGAACUCAUGCAGGAGAGAAGCCCUUCCAAUGCUCUGAUUGUGGGAAAAGCUUCAGUCAGAGGUCAGACCUUGUUAGACAUAGGAAAAUCCACACAGGAGAGAAGCCCUUUGGCUGUUCUGACUGUGGGAAAAACUUCAGUGAGAGUUCACACCUUGUUAGACAUAGGAGAACUCAUGCAGGAGAGAAGCCCUUCCAAUGCUCUGAUUGUGGGAAAAGCUUCAGUCAGAGGUCAGACCUUGUUAGACAUAGGAAAAUCCACACAGGAGAGAAGCCCUUUGGCUGUUCUGACUGUGGGAAAAACUUCAGUGAGAGCUCACAGCUUGUUAGACAUAGGAGAAACCACACAGGAGAGAAACCCUUCAACUGCUCUUACUGUGGGAAAAGUUUCAGGGAGAAGUCAGACCUUGUUAAACAUUGGAGAACCCACACAGGAGAGAAACCUUACAACUGCUCAGACUGCGGGAAAAGCUUCAGUCAACGCUCAAAUCUUGUUAAACAUAGGAGAAUCCACAUACAGGCUGCAGAACCCCCAUGUCUUGCUCCAGCUUAGCCCAUGGCCUGCAGAACCAAGGACAGGAAAUGGCUGUGGCGGAGCUGGUGAGCUUCGAGGAGGUGGCUGUGUAUUUCUCUGAGGAGGAAUGGGCUCUGCUGGACCCGGGUCAGAGAGCCCUCUACUGGGAUGUGAUGCAGGACAAUUAUGAGGCUGUGAGCUGGCUGGGUAAGGAUUUCUGUCCCGUGAGUAUCAGAAGCUAGGUGGGAUCUGGAGCAGCUGGGUUGGGUUUGGUUCAGAGUCCCUCAUUGCCACACCCUGCUCCCCAGAGCUCCCAGUGUUAGGAGUAUCUGCCCCAGUAAUCUGGCUCCUGUGUGAGAGACUGUCCCCUCCCCAUAGCCUCCCAGAGGAAGCAGGUUCAGGAUAUAACAAUGGUGCUGCUCUUCCACAGCCAAGGUCUCAGUGUGCUUCCCCACCAUCUUGCCUAUAUUUGUGCCAGCAGGAUACCUCUUUUGCCAGUGUGCGGAGCCCCUUGAAAGAGAGUGCAGUUUCCGGAGUUCUUCCUUCCCUGUGGCUUAUUUCUAUCACAUGCUGGUUCCUGGCAGUGAAAGAGGCUGGAUGCUGUGGCUCAGGGAUAGCGGAUGAGGCAGUUCAUGUUCAUGUUCUGUGAGCUUUCUGUGGGGCUAAAUGUGAGGAGAGCUUUUCUUACAUUGCAGGCAGUGCACUUGAUUUUAGGAGACUUACGUUCAGAUACCUGCCCCGCACAGAUUUUUUGUGUGACCUUGUUCAAGUUACUCGUGCUCUCUGUGCCCGACACCCAUAUUUUUUCAAUAGCUAGUAUUGUAUGUCCAUGCUUCACAGGGCGGAUGAUGGAUACGUAUAUUAAAUAGGGGAGAUCCUCAGCUCCAUAUAAGUGCCUCAAUAGCACUGUGGGUUCCUAAUUUACACCAGAGAUCGCAGAUGCCACUGUAACUGAUAAUCUUUGCUUCCUGUAGUGGCUGCAGUACUCUAUGAAUUGCUGCUAGUGCCACAAAGCAUCAUUAUGGCUGCUCAGCAUGGCUCUUUCUGGAGCUCUGAUGCCAUCUACAUUGGCAGAGUGUGUGGCUUGCCCAUGCAGCACAGCUCAGGGUCACUGCUCAGGAAAGACACAGGUUCCAUUCUUCAGGUGUAUAGUGGCUAGUCUGAGAGCCAUUGUUCAUUGAGUCGUGCUAAUUAGAACAGCUAUUCAUUGAACUCAAUGUGCAGAAGCAGUCAAAAAAGCAAACAGAAUAUGAGCAAUCAUUAAAAAGGGGAUAGAGAAAAAGACGGAGAAUAGCGUAUUGCCUCUGAAUAAAUGCAUGGUAUGACCACAUCUUGAAUACUGCAUACAGACAUGUUUGUCUCAUCUCAAAAAAAGAUAUAUUAGCAUUGGAAAAGAUUCAGAAAAGGGCAACACAAAUUAUUAGGGACAAGUAUGGGGAGUUAUUGAAUGAAAUGAACAGGUAGAGGUUUUAAACAAAAGGAAGUUUUUCUUCACACAGAGCACAGUCAACCUGUGGAACUUCUUGCCAGAGGAUAGUGUCAAAACCAGGACUUGAGCAAGGUUCAAAAAAGAACUAGAUAUAUCCAUGGAGGUUAGGUCGAUCAAUAUUUAUUAGCAAGGAUAGGUAGAAAGGGUGUCCCUAGCCUCUGUUUGUCAGACAUUAGAAAUGGGUGACAGGAGAGGGAUCAAUCAGUUGAUGAUUACCUGUUCUAUUCAUUCCCUCUGGGUCAUCUGGUAUUGGCCACUGUGGGUAGACAGGACACUGAGCUAGAUGAAUCUUUGGUCUGACCUAGUCUGGCCAUUCUUAUGUUAUGUCACAUACAACCUGUGGAGAGGUAUUUUCUCCUAUCAUGUUGCUUUCAAUUAUCCAGUGUUGCUUUGUCAGGAUUGAAUGUUGGUUACUGGACUCUAAACAGCAGGUUAGUUAUAACAUGUGCCUCAAGAUGCAUUCUUACUGACGCACGUCACAGAACACACCUCUACUAUGUCCUUGUCCUAACAGUGAUAUCUGGCCACUGUUACCAGAGUAAAGCCAGCAUUUCGGUCAGGUUGCUGGCAUUCUGGACAAAGGGGGAGGAGAUGAGGCUACAUGGGAGAAAGGGUGCUGUGGAAACUCCACUGUCUGAUUUAAUGCAUCAGAGUGAAGUCAGUCCAAGCUCAUCUUCCUUUUUUUUUGGUUGAGGAAACACCUCCAAGGCGAGGUGAGGAGCUGGUGUUAAUUACCACCUGAUUGUUGGUGUAAUUCCUGGCAUAUUUCAGACUUUGUGACUGUGAUGUGGAAGGAGGAAUGUGGCGCCCCCAGUAUUUUCCCACUGUUAGAAUUAUACAACAAACAGGAAUUCUCAGCAAUUCUAGGCCAACAGGUCUGUCAUUUUCUAUCAGCAGGGACAGAGGAAGCACUUGUGUUUGGCCAAGGUACUUUUCAGUUGACACCUGGUGGACAUCUUCCAGGAAAUGCUCAAAAGUCUGGGCUAAGAUGUAGUUUGAUUGGAGGCACGCAGAUCCAGAGCAGAGAGGUGUAGAGGGAUGAGGGGAUUCUGCAUUAGCAGAAUUUAAUGUAGAAUCUGACUCUUAUUUUAAUGUUUGUGUUAAUAAUCUGUGCUCUUCCUCACGUUCUGAGGAGGUUAUUGAGUUCUUUUAGAGAGUGCAGAUGAGGCUGCAGUGAGGCCUUAAGUGCAGGAUCAGGCUCUAAACAGCCAGCAAGUCAACAAACUGAACAAACACUUGGAUCUUUGCUGCAGUUAGCUUCUGGGUGUGGAAACCAUUUCAUAUUUAGCUAGAAGCCAUUUUGUAUAACAGAAGCCAUUUAAGUCUCCUGCUUCUGCACGUAUACUAGAGAGUGAACUCUCCUUCACCCCAUGUAAGAAAGGCCAGAAGGAUGAGCUAUUGGAAUGUGUUAAUUGAGCUGUUUUGAGAGGGAGCUCUCACUCCCUGUUACCUGUUCCUUCUUGCUGAUAACAGUUUUUCUCUUCUAAGUUUAAUUGAUGAUUUCUGUAAUUGGAUGCCCUGAUGUCAGACUUGUUUGGUUAAGGGUAUAAAUAUACUAGGAUUGAUUUGUAUUAGCAUCCUUAGUGGGCCCGGCACUGCUGGGGUCAUGUUUGGCUCACUUUGUGCCUUAUUGAUCAAUAAAGCUUUUUGUUAGCCGCCUAAACACAGAGAAGUCUUUUGCUUCGACAUGGGUGACACUCAACAAUGCCAGGUGAACAGAAAUAGCUCUGUGGUGGUGUUGUGACUGCUGUUUCUUUCAGAAUUUGCUUUCAUGCUGGUUACUCUCUCUUAGGUUUUGUCUUCACAUAUAAGUUUAGUGUAGUGCCGCAGGAGCACUGUACCACAGCAGUGUGGGCAUGACAAGAGUGCUGGGAGAAAGCUCUCCCAGGGCUGUACACAAACCACCUUCAGAAGAGGAGUAGCUCACAGCACUGGGAGAACAUUUACACUGAUGUUUCACAGCUCUGUGACUCGCUGUGCACACAGAGUCCAUGCUGAGUAGUGAUGCUGAGCACCAAUUCAUCAGGGCCUGGAGGUCCCAUUUCUCCAGCAGCAGGUGUGCACAGCCACCUCUGUAACAGGAGGAGCUGCACUGGCUCUGCCCAGAUCAUGGCGAGGCCUGGGUCAAGGAAAUCUCAGAACAUGGGAAGAGCUGCAUGCUCAGCCAUCUGUGCCUGCAGAUUGGUUUCUGGGUGUCUGGCUCGUGAGUCUUGCCCACGUGCUCAGGGUUCAGCUGAUCUCCAUAUUUGGGGUCGGGAAGGAAUUUUCCUCCAG